AUUAUAUAUACUCGCUGCGGGACGCACCACCCCCUCUCCAGAAUUCAGCGAGAGAGAGCGAAUCAGCCACUGCACUUCUUGUUCUUGUUCUCUUCCUCCUCCCGAAUCCGAUCCAUCCAUUGGCCGCCGCCGCCGCCGCCGCCUCGUGCGUCGCGUGUUCGUGUCCAGAGACGAUGGGCAGCCUCGCCGCCGAGAAGACCGUCACCGGGUGGGCCGCCAGGGACGCCUCCGGCCACCUCACCCCCUACAACUACACCCUCAGGAAGACUGGGCCUGAAGAUGUGGUGGUGAAGGUUUUGUAUUGUGGUAUCUGCCAUACUGACAUCCACCAGGCCAAGAACCACCUUGGUGCUUCCAAGUACCCCAUGGUCCCUGGCCAUGAGGUGGUCGGCGAGGUGGUGGAGGUCGGGCCGGAGGUGACCAAGUACAGCGCCGGCGACGUCGUCGGCGUCGGCGUCAUCGUCGGCUGCUGCCGCGAGUGCCAUCCGUGCAAGGCCAAUGUGGAGCAGUACUGCAACAAGAGGAUUUGGUCCUACAACGACGUCUACACCGACGGCCGGCCAACCCAGGGCGGCUUCGCCUCCGCCAUGGUCGUCGACCAGAAGUUUGUGGUGAAGAUCCCGGCGGGGCUAGCGCCGGAGCAGGCGGCGCCGCUGCUGUGCGCCGGGCUGACGGUGUACAGCCCACUGAAGCACUUCGGGCUGAUGUCGCCAGGUCUCCGCGGCGGCGUCCUGGGGCUCGGCGGCGUGGGGCACAUGGGCGUGAAGGUGGCCAAGUCGAUGGGGCACCACGUGACGGUGAUCAGCUCGUCGGCGAGGAAGCGCGGCGAGGCCAUGGACGACCUGGGCGCCGACGCCUACCUCGUCAGCUCCGACGCGGCGGCGAUGGCGGCCGCCGGCGACUCGCUGGACUACAUCAUCGACACCGUGCCGGUGCACCACCCGCUGGAGCCGUACCUGGCGCUGCUGAAGCUGGACGGGAAGCUGAUCCUGAUGGGGGUGAUCAACCAGCCGCUGAGCUUCAUCUCGCCCAUGGUGAUGCUCGGCCGGAAGGCCAUCACCGGCAGCUUCAUCGGGAGCAUGGCCGAGACGGAGGAGGUGCUCAACUUCUGCGUCGACAAGGGGCUCACCUCCCAGAUCGAGGUCGUCAAGAUGGACUACGUCAACCAGGCCCUCGAGCGCCUCGAGCGCAACGACGUCCGCUACCGCUUCGUCGUCGACGUCGCCGGCAGCAACAUCGACGACGCCGACGCGCCGCCCGCCUGAUCGCCGCCGUGCACCCUCAUGGCAGCAUCCGUAUGAUCCGUUCUUGAACUUGUUUGUGUGAGACUCUGACGACUUGUCCAUGUAACGUCCGUGUGCCUUUCCGGUAUAAAUUCGGCCUCGCAAUAUAUGGACCAUUUUGCAUUUCCGAUCAAAAUCAUGCUUGCGUUUCA